AUGCACAAGCGCUUUCACGUCCAGCGGCAGCACAUCAUCCAUUCACUCGAUACCCUCUUGUACCAAUUGCACACGUUGUCCUUUUUCCUCUCGCCCUCGCUCUGGAUAUAUGUUUGUAGAAUCAUCGCGCAGUUUCAAUGUACCCGGCCGAGAGAAUUGGACGCGAAUCGGUCACUACGAUUCUUCUAUUUCACAGUCAUCGUCCUCAACGUGCCAAGCUUGUGGAACCACUCCACCAAGGGAGCAAGCGAAGGGAGAGCGAUUAUUCUUGACUUCAUCGGAAUGGCCUGCCAACGCGCAGCGCACACGCCAUCAAAGGCGCAAUUAUUCCUCCUGGACAUAUCCAUUGUCUUCCUCCAACUCGUGCUCACCACCAUCGCAUAUGAAACUUCAGUGUACUACACGAGUGCGCAGUUGGAACCUCAAGACUUCCUCUGGCCAGACCCCCCAACGCCAUUCUCAAUUCCGCUAUUCAGUCUGCCAACCGAAACACCACCGGAGUCCCCAAUGUAUCUUCCAUCACCGUCACCCCAGCCGAAGACGGUAUCGUCUGCACACUCGCUUUCCUACGUUCUCGACCUUCGCCUUAAUGCCAUCAUUAUGCGCCUCCGAAGUCCACCACCACCCCCUCCUCCCGCGCCAAGCUCGGACUCCUUCCUUCCUCUCCCUAACACUACGCCGUGGCGUCUUCCGGGCCUGAGAAUGCUCCUGCGGAGUGGUCGACAGAUUCGGACGACCAGAGGAACUCCGUCCACGACGCCAACUGACCGGCAGAGAGUCCCAGGGGCAAUGGAGGCAGGUCCAGGAUAG